CUUGGCACACACACAGAUAGAGAGAUACGCACAUCGAUGAUGACAGAUGAUUUGAUCGCUUGUGUUCUCCCUUGAGUUUUCUGAACAUUUGUCUUGGCACAGGUUCCUUUUUUUCAUGGAAGUUGCUGAUAUUCACACUCUCAACACAAUCACACCAUCAUGCACUGUGUGAGCAGAGGAGGCUGCUACCUGGUGAACUCCUUCUGUGAUCUCCAGGAGGAGAACCAGUGGAAGAAGGAGAGCUAUGAAGCAUGUUGGCUGAGCCUGGUCAUCGAAACGAGACCACAAUUCAAGCUGACUCUGUCAGAGACAGACAGCGUUCGUAGAGAGAGUUACAAGCAGCAACAGGUGACCCACUUCAUGGUGGAGAGGAGUCCCAGCCAGAUACUGAAGCUGGGCAGCACCAGCAGAGGCAUGACAGAGCACCGGCUGCCUUUGUUUAACACCGGCAGUCACCUACACCAUGCCACAGCCACCUUUGGGUCCACAGAACUACAGCCAGUCAUGCUAGGGAGGGUGACGACUGAAGUGGAUAAACAGAAAGUGACUGCCUUAACGCUGGACAGCAGCAAGCCAGUCAGAGUGAACUUCAGAGCCUCGGGCCUGAUGUCCUCACCAAGGGAAACCUCUCAUCGGGUGAGGAGGAGGGAGUGAAGCAAGAGAGUGGAGAGUGUUUAAAAUUGCAGUCCGGAGAAUCUAAUAUAGUGUUUGUUAUGGUAAUUUACACACAGUGCUGGUACUAGUAAAUUAAAAUGCAAGUCUUAAUUGUGUAAACCAUCUUAACUGUGACUUUUGGGAGAAAAAAAAGAUUAUUAGUAUCAUCCUAAUGAAAGACUUACAUGAAAAAAACCCUGGUGGAAUAAUGAUGAAGAGAUUCAUUCAUAAUUUGUGUGCUGUACUUUGCAAAAAAUGUAAUGACAUAUUAUUCUUAUAUCAUGUUUCAGGAGACAGUUAUGGCUUUGUCAUUGUCGCUGAUUUCUAUGCCUAAUAAAGCCUCAUGAAACUCA